GAGCAUAAAGAAGGGCACCUUGCAUACCUGCCUCGGGAGGUUUGCAGGUCAUUUGUAAAAAUAAUUGAAGAAGUGCUUGGAUCUCCUCCAGACCUGGAAUUGCUGACACUGGUCUUCAAUUUCCUCUUAGCAGUUCACCCUCCCACUAAUACCUAUGUGUGUCACAAUCCUACCAACUUCUACUUUUCCCUGCAUAUAGAUGGCAAAAUUUUUCAGGAGAAAGUUGAAUCGCUUAGGUAUAUGAGAAAUACCAGCAGUGGUGGGAAGUCCGUAGACAGUUCUGCAUUUGUGAUUACAUCUCCAACUGGAUUUGCAGCUUUACCACUGGGAGGGAACACUUCCAAGGCUAGCGUACAGCAGAAGACAAGCUCAAAAGGACCUAAGAGGCUUUGCAAAAGUUUACCAGCAUCUCCUACUUCCUCACCUCAACUUCAUCAAAAAAGACUAACCAAAACUAUGGGAAGGAGCACUGAUGACCUGCAGAUAAUUGGCAAAUGUGACUACAUUGAUCUCCAGGGUAGAACUGGUUUUGUAGGAAGUUCUGAAACCAUAAAGAGAGUACAAGAAGAACUCUUUCUUAGCAGUUGUGAGUCUGCAAAAACAGUUUGUGACUCAGAGUUAACACCUGCUGAAACAUUUGAAAAUAUUGCAAAAGAAGAAGAGGUAUCUGAAAAUGCAUUUGAGAGCAAAGAAGCAGAUGCAGACCUGAAAUGUAGUGAAGGCAGUGGUGCUGCAGAUGAGCCGUUGCUACGUCGUCCAGACAAUCUGAAAGGACUGCCUUCAUUUCAGAAAAGUCAAAGUAAUUUUGCAGGUUUGGGCUUAGCAUUUUCUGUUCACGGAGGAUCAUCAGCCAUUGCUCGCUGGCCAAGCCUUGCUGACAAGAAUGUACUUCCUGAAGACUGGGAGAGUCUUGAUUUUUCUUCAGCUAAUGAGAAUACCCAAAAACCAUCUGAAAGCCCUGAUGACAAAUGUAUAGAAGACUAUCUUGUGGUUAUCUGUUGUGGAUUAUAUGACCUCUUGCGUGGAGUUCUCCUAAUCCUACCAGAUAUCAUGCUAGAAGAUGUGAUGGACAAACUUAUCCAACCUGAUUAUCUUAUAGUUCUUGUGAACCACCCAUCUCCUCUCAUACAGCAAGGAGUCAUUAAAUUGUUGGAUGCAUAUUUCAACAGAGCAAGGAGGGAGCAAAAGGAGAAAUUCUUAAAGAAUCGUGGCUUCUCCUUGCUAGCCAACCAGCUGUACCUUCACCAGGGCACUCAGGAAGUUGUAGAGUGCUUUUUGGAAAUGCUCUUUGGCCGCUCUGUUGGCUUGGAUGAAGAAUUUGAUCUAGAAGAUGUGAAGAAUGUUGGACUCUUUCAAAAAUGGUGUGUCAUUCCUGUUCUGGGUCUUAUAGAGAACUCCCUUUAUGAUAAUGGUCUGCUGCAUAAUUGCUUCUGCCUCUUGCUGCAAAUCAUAAAUUCCUGCUCAAAAGUUGCAGACCUACUGCUUGAUAAUGGCUUGCUCUACGUGUUAUGUAAUACACUGGCUGCUCUCAAUGGACUGGAAACAAACAUUCCCUUGAAUGACUACAAGUUACUUGCAUGUGAUAUACAGCAGCUGCUGGUAGCGGUUGCAAUUCAUGCCUGCAGCUCCUCAGGUUCUCAAUAUUUUCGUGUUAUCGAAGACCUCAUUGUGCUGCUGGGCCAUCUUCAAAACAGUAAAAAUGCAAGGAUGCAAAACAUGGCAGUUGUUCUGCAGUUAAGAGUUCUUCAAGCAGCUAUUGAAUUAAUAAAAACUACAGCAAACCAAGAUGCUCAGGAGCAGGCCGGUUCAGUCCCAUCACCGUCUGCGCCUCAUCGCACAAUGUUUCAAAAGCGUAAAGGCAUUGCUAGCUCCAGAAAAUUUUCACUUGCUCAGUCUGAUGCUCUGCUGAUGAAAAUGCGCUCGCUAGCAAGUGAGGAAUUCAACAUGAUGAUGCAGCGGAGAAUGAGCCAAGAAAAUCCUGUCCAAGCCACCGAGACUGAGUUUGUUCAAAGGUUACAGAGGCUGACUGUUCUAGCUGUUAACAGGCUCAUUUAUUUAGCAUCUACUGAAGAGUGCCUUGAUGUUCUGGGUAUAACAGAAAACACAAGUCAAAGCAGACUUUCAGCAUCCCAGCUGGAAGUUCCUGAAGAGGAAAGCCAGCAAGAACUGCCCAGCAGAACAAAUCCUUUUCUUAAAGAAAUGUUCAAAAUGUUGGUGGAAGGAAUCAAAGUGUCCAUUGCCAUGAGCAGAAUGAAUGCACCAAAGCAGCAGUGGAAGAGAAUCCUCUUGUCAUGUAAGGACACAUUCCGUACACAACUUGGGAGGCUUCUUGUGCACAACUUGUCUUCUUCAAGGCCGCUACAAGAGAGAAAGCAAGCUUUGGAGUUGAUUCAUGAAGUAAACCACCAAGAGAUUAUGCGUGACUGUCUAAGCCCAACUUUGCAACAUGGACCGAAAUUAGUGCUCUAUUUAUAUGAGUUAAUGCACAAUCACAGUGACGAAAUGACCAAAGAUGAACAAAGAGCAGCAGCAGACUUUAUGAAUACAUUGAAAUGUUGUGGCUAUAAAUGCAUUCCCCUGAGCCCGCGACCAAAACCAGAUCUAAUGAAAGCUUUGAAAGAGGAUCAGAAGAAAUACGAGAUGGAAGAAGGUGUAAACAAAGCUGCUUGGGAGAAGACCAUGUCCAAUAAUCGGCAAAAUCUCUUUCAACGUCUGGAUACGAAAUCUAAAGACAUUUCUAAAAUAGCUGGAGACAUCACACAAGCUGUGUCUCUGUCACAAGGAAUGGAAAGGAAGAAAGUAAUCCAGCACAUCAGGGGGAUGUAUAAGGCAGAGCUAAGUGCCAGCAGACAUUGGCAGGAGCUUGUUCAGCAGCUUACCCAUGAUCGAGCGCUCUGGUAUGACCCAGUCUAUUACCCGACUUCUUGGCAACUGGAUCCAACAGAAGGCCCAAACAGAGAGAGGCGCCGCUUGCAGAGGUGCUACCUAACUAUUCCAAACAAGUAUCUUCUUCCAGACAGGCAGAAACAGGAAGGUGUGAUAAAAACUCCAUUAUCUUACCUAUUUGAAGACAAAACACAUUCUUCUCACUCUUCUACUGUAAAAGAUAAAGCAGCAAGUGAACACAUAAGAGUUAAUCGAAGGUGUAUAAGCGUAGCACCUUCUAGAGAGACUGCUGGUGAACUGUUGCUAGGAAAAUGUGGCAUGUAUUUUGUUGAAGACAAUGCUUCAGACACAAUUGAAAAUUCAAGUUUUCACGGAGAAACUGAACCAGCAUCAUUUUCUUGGACCUAUGAGGAAAUUAAGGAAGUUCAUAAGCGCUGGUGGCAGUUAAGAGACAACGCUGUGGAAAUAUUUCUAACAAAUGGCAGAACUUUACUCUUGGCUUUUGAUAAUACAAAGGUCCGUGAUGAUGUGUACCACAACAUCUUAACUAAUAAUUUGCCUAAUCUUUUGGAAUAUGGAAACAUCACUGCUUUGACCCACCUGUGGUGCACAGGACAGAUUACUAAUUUUGAGUAUCUGACUCAUUUAAACAAACAUGCUGGCCGUUCCUUCAAUGAUCUCAUGCAAUAUCCUGUAUUUCCUUUUAUACUUUCUGACUACACCAGUGAAACGCUGGACCUAAAUGAUCCAUCUGUGUAUAGAAAUCUGGUCAAACCAAUAGCUGUGCAGUCUAAAGAAAAAGAGGAUCGUUAUGUGGAUACUUAUAAGUAUUUGGAAGAAGAGUAUCGGAAAGGAGCACGAGAGGAUGACCCAAUGCCUCCUGUACAACCAUAUCACUAUGGAUCUCAUUAUUCCAACAGUGGAACUGUGCUUCAUUUCCUGGUUAGGCUGCCACCUUUUACUAAAAUGUUUUUAGCCUAUCAAGAUCAAAGUUUUGACAUCCCAGACAGAACUUUUCAUUCUACCAAUACGACCUGGAGACUCUCUUCAUAUGAAUCGAUGACUGACGUAAAGGAGCUUAUCCCAGAAUUUUUCUACCUUCCUGACUUCCUAGUUAACAGAGAAGGUUUUGACUUUGGAGUACGGCAAAAUGGUGACAGAGUUAACCAUGUGAAUCUUCCACCCUGGGCUCGUAACGAUCCUCGUCUCUUCAUCUUGAUUCAUCGUCAGGCUUUGGAGUCUGACCACGUUUCCCAGACAAUCUGUCACUGGAUUGACUUGGUGUUUGGUUAUAAGCAAAAAGGCAAAGCUUCUGUUCAGGCUAUUAAUGUCUUUCACCCUGCAACCUAUUUUGGGAUGGAUGUUUCUGCUGUUGAGGAUCCUGUUCAGAGAAGAGCCCUUGAAACAAUGAUUAAAACCUAUGGGCAAACACCUCGCCAGCUCUUCCAUGCAGCACAUGUUAGCAGACCUGGAUCCAGGCUUAUCAUGGAAGGAGAACUUCCUGCUGCCAUGGGAUUACUUGUGCAGUUUGCUUUCAGAGAAACCAGAGAACACACUAAAGAAAUAAUAUAUCCAAGUCCAUUACCAUGGAUAAAAGGCUUGAAGUGGGGAGAAUAUGUUGGUUCCCCAAGCGCUCCAGAUCCUGUUGUCUGCUUUAGCCAACCACAUGGAGAAAGGUUCGGCUCUCUCCAGGCUUUACCAACAAAAGCUAUCUGUGGUUUGUCCCGCAAAUUUUGCCUUUUGAUGAUAUAUAGCAAGGAGCAAGGUGUGAGAAGCAUGCACAGCACUGAUAUUCAAUGGUCAGCUAUCCUGAGCUGGGGAUAUGCCGAUAACAUUUUACGACUGAAAAGCAAGCAAAGUGAACCUCCAGUAAAUUUUAUACAGAGUUCACAGUUCCAUCAGGUAACAAGUUGUGCUUGGGUGCCUGACAGUUGUCAGCUGUUCACAGGUAGUAAAUCUGGUGUCAUCACCGCAUAUAUGAACAGAUUCCCUAGCAAUACGCCUUCGGAGAUAGAAAUGGAGUCACAAGUCCAUCUGUAUGGUCACACAGCAGAAGUAACAGGCUUGUUUGUAUGCAAACCGUACAGUAUAAUGAUAAGUGUCAGUAAAGAUGGAACCUGCAUUAUAUGGGAUUUAAACAGGCUGUGCUAUGUCCAGAGUCUGUCUGGACACAAGAGUCCUGUGACAGCAGUUUCAGCGAGCGAAACAACUGGUGAUAUUGCAACAGUUUGUGAUUCAGUUGGAGGGGGUAGCGAUUUGAGGCUUUGGACGGUUAAUGGUGAUCUUGUGGGACAUGUGCACUGCAGGGAAAGUAUCUGCUCUGUUGCUUUCUCUAACCAGCCGGAAGGAGUGUCCGUCAACGUGAUUGCAGGGGGGCUUGAAAAUGGAGUUGUAAGACUGUGGAGUACAUGGGACUUGAAGCCAGUACGAGAAAUAACAUUUUCAAAGUCAGCCAAACCUAUUAUAAGCCUUACAUUCUCCUGUGAUGGUCAUCACUUGUUCACAGCUAAUAGCGAUGGAAAUAUUAUAGCCUGGUGUCGCAAGGACCAGCAGCGCUUGAAGUUACCCAUGUUCUAUUCAUUCCUUAGCAGCUAUGCAGCUGGGUGAUGACUCUUUUUGCUGCUAACUCAUAUCUCUGAUGCACUUUAAAUCCAAAAUAGAUUAUAGAAUCUCUUAUUUAAUUGGGGUUUGAAGUAGCUUGAAUGUAUCUCGAAUGACGGAAUAGAUUUAUUUUUUAAGAGUGGCCUAAGGUGGUUGUAAAAUUAGGUACGUGCAUGCACAAACUUGAAGCAUAUCCAGGUCAACAGGA